AUGGCUCUCACAAAUGAUCUCCUUCAUCCCUCUCCUGAGGAGGAGAAGAGGAAACAUAAGAAGAAAUGCCUGGUGCAGAGCCCCAAUUUCUACUUCAUGGAUGUGAAAUGUCCAGGAUGCUAUAAAAUCACCAUGGUCUUUAGCCAUGCACAAAUUUUAGUUCUAUGUGUUGGCUGCUCCACUGUCCUCUGCCAGCCUACAAGAGGAAAAGCAAGACUUACAGAAGGAUGUUUUUUCAGGAGGAAGCAGCAUUAA